AUGUCUCGGCGAAGCUCUGGUUCGGAGGAUGAAGACACGUUGUUGGGCUCCAAGAGCGAGAGUCUCCCUCUCCAGCGGAUGGAGAAAAGGAGGAUAAAUCUCACUUUGAUACAUUUUGCCCUCGUUGCUUUGCUGAGUUCAGUGAUCUCCGUUGCAGUGAGCCUCGUUGUUUGGAAGGCCGUGCAGCCUAGAGAUGGUAUAAGAGAAGACGCCAAAUUUCUUCCCAAGCUGGACAUUCCUCCUCUUGGUCCAAUACACAAGGCUUUUAUGCCGGAGAGGGUAUAUGAUGACCCACGAACAGAAAAUGGCCAUGCGGCGUGGAUGAACCUAUUUCCAAAGGGGAAGGGAUACGUUUCAAUAAAGAAAAUAGAGGCCGCAGGUCCAGUGCCUGACUAUGUCCGAAGCACCAGCACAGAUGGCACCGGACGGUUUUCUGUCGCAGUAUUCCAUCAACUGCAUUGCCUGUAUCUACUCCAGUCCGACCUCUUCGAGGCCUUGGAAGCCAACAUCACCGAGCCACACUCACACACACUCCACUGCUUGGAUUAUCUCAGAGAGAGCAUCAUAUGCGCAUCCGACUCUACGCUGGAGCCAUUCAAACCGAGCUUUGACACUGUGGCACCCAGAAAGGGGGUGGAUGGGUAUGGGACUCCGCACCAGUGCCGAGACUUUGGGAAGUUGCGAAACUGGGCAGAAAGUUUUCGCUAUAAUGACAACCAGGGGUUCGAGACUUAUGAGGGGUGA